CAAACAACGAAUAUGAUGCGUAAUUGUAUUGAAUGCGAGUAAAUGAAUAUGUGUGAACGCGAAAAUGAUUUUAAAUUAUUUGUCGAGCUUACUCUCGUUUUCUGGAAAACAUUUGUAAAAUAGAACGAAAGUUAAAGCAAAAUUUUGAAGGAAAACAAAAUAAAUUAAAAAAAAGAAAAAUGCCAGAUACAGAAGACUGCCAACUCGCUGUCCUGCAGAAUGAGUUUAAGAAGUUGCGAGUAGAUCUAAACAGCUUGUGCCGAUCACAUGACAAGCAAACAAGUAACAAAAAUACUUGGCGAAGUCAUCUGGAUGUUAUCAAAGACAAAAACUUCAACCAUAAUGUUUUGAACUCAAUGAAAUUGGAACACUGCAAGUGCCGAACAAAUAAUAAUUGUGCCAGAAUGCUCAACCGUAAGAAACGCAGGAAAUACGUUAAUAAAAAUUUAGAUAAGUCCCCUGGAUCAGAGUCGCAUUCUCCAUUGGAGUCUGGUUUGAGAGAGAUUGUUCAAGCGGUAAAAGAAUCUGUCAUGUCUCAACACUGCUCAGAUACAAAUUUGUUAGAUCAUCGGUUAGCAAUAUCACUUGAAUAUGUGGAUAACCAUCCUGCUCAACAAGAUGCAUCAGAUGACAUAACAGUAGACGAGUUAGCGGGAUAUUUUGAAAAUUUUGUAUAUAUUCCUAAAAAGAUGUCUCAUAUGGCUGAAAUGAUGUAUACUUAAAUUCAUGUGUCAAUGAUGGAUUUGUCUUCAGCCCGACAUUUGCUGUAUUAUGAAAGGAGUUUUUUGUGUGAUCAAAUUAGGCAUAUUAAAAAAUUGUACUAAAAUUUUUCUAACAUUUGUUAAUAAAGGCUUUGUUAAGUAA